UCACGCACCUCGUGACGUGUACUGAGCUGUCUGAAGUUGAAAACACUGUUCGUGUUAUUGCUUCCACUCUGCAACGUGCGUGCUGCACUCCUUGUGCAAAUUAUUCGUAGUUUUGUUUACGUUUCUUGAUUUUGAGGACGUUAAACACAAUAAUUAUUUCAAGUAUUAUUUUAUUUUCCUCGAAGACGGUUUAGCUUACCAGCACCCUUACUGCUAGAUUUAAACUGACAACAGAGCCUUCAAUUUAAGGCUUAGGAGGACGGUAAACAAGCGAGUAAUGGCGACUGAGAUUGAAGCAUGGACUACUGGCCCACAAAACGAUGGUGUUUUCUCAUUAAAGCAAGAUCUGGAAGAUGAGGAUGGACCAUAUGGCAUUGAGGAUCUAAACGAGUUGGAGGUAAAUGGAAACUGGACCCCCCAGGAAAAGGCCUUGCAUGAGGCCAGACUAAAAGCUAAGGCUAAGCGCCGCUUGCGUAAAUCAUCCUCCCGAGACUCCACCCGGGAAUCACUGUCGGAGUCUGUUCCAGGAGAACCGUCUACUGAUCCAAACAGCCCCAAGGGCAAAAACGCUGUAAAUGACCGAAAGUCAAGGACAGGAAAGGGUAGAGGACUGCCUAAAAAAGGUGGAGCAGGUGGUAAAGGUGUGUGGGGGGCAGCGGGUAUGGUGUAUGAGCUGGAGGAGCCUGACUCUAAAGACCCCAAUUAUGAUGAAUCGGCACAGGGUGACACUGUUUAUGCCACAGUAGUACCAGAGCUGGAUGAGCGAGAACUUGAGAAGACCAUCAACCCCAUUGUGCAAGAGUACUUUGAGCAUGGAGACACCAAAGAGGUGGAGAUGCUGCUCAGAGAGUUGAACCUGGGCCAUCACAAAUACGAAUUCUCCUCUCUGGCAGUUUCCCUGUCUCUGGAAGGCAAGGCCAGCCACAGGGAGCUCACAUCACGUCUUCUGUCGGACCUGUGUGGCAAAGUGCUAUCUGAGAAUGACAUGUCACGUGCUUUUGACAAAAUGCUUAAGGAGCUGCCGGACCUCAUAUUGGAUACACCGGAAGCCCCACAGAUGCUUGGUCAGUUUAUUGCACGAGCCAUUGCUGACCAUGCUUUACCUAUGAAUUUCCUUGACUGUUACAAAGGCAAGGUGGACUGUGACCAUGCCAGAGCUGCACUGGACAGAGCAUCUGUUCUACUCUCCAUGAAGAGGGAGAUCUUGCAGCUUGAUAAUGUGUGGGGAGUUGGUGGUGGCCAGAGGCCUGUCAGACAUCUCAUCAAAGAGAUGAACCUGUUGCUGAAGGAGUACCUGGUGUCAGGUGAGCUGUCUGAGGCAGAGCACUGUCUACGAGACCUAGAAGUGCCACACUUCCAUCAUGAACUGGUUUAUGAGGCUGUAAUAAUGGUACUGGAGUCUACAGGUAACACGGCAUUGCAGAUGAUGGUCAAACUUCUCAAGGCUUUCUGGCAAACUGGCCUAAUUACUCUGGACCAAAUGAACAGGGGCUUUCAGCGCGUAUAUGAUGAGCUCCCCGAGAUCAGCCUGGAUGUUCCACAUGCACAAUCCAUUAUGGAGACCUUUGUGGACCUCUGUUUCCAGGAAUCGGUCAUCACUAAACAGCUGAGAGAUUCCUGUCCAACCAGCAGGGGGCGCAAACGAUUCGUGAGUGAGGGCGAUGGAGGUAUUGUAAAAAGCUAGACGAUUUGGAAGAGCUUUACCAGGCCCCUGAUGCCGAGCAGGCUGGCAUCUCCUGCACUUCCCUGGGUAUCUGUCCUCACUGUCAUCAUUGCUCAUUGUCUUGAGUACACAGAAAUAUUCAGCCUCAAAAAAGCUAUCAGCAUGUAAAGAACAGCUGAGAAAUGCUGUUCUCUCCUCCUCUAUUACAGGCUUUGUUUCAUUUGUGUUUUUGUGUUUGUGCAGCAUGAAUGCUGCAGUGAAAGAAAGGAGUGAGGGGAAAUAAGCAGUGGCUUCAGAUGGCCAUGAAGUACAGUUUGGGUUGAGGGAUUAAUUUUGCUUUAUCUUUUUCAGCUUAAAUUGCUUUUCCCUUUUUUUGUGUUCACUUGUUAGUGUUCACAGUGGUCUUGAAAUAUUUUUUCUUUUUUGCGAAUUAAUGCAUAAAAACAUGAAGCACCCAAAAAACGAAGGUAUUAAAAAGUUGUAUCAUAAAAAAUAAUGAAGCGCUUAAAUCAAAAACUUUGGGGCCAACAUACAAUAUUUUACUACGAGAUUGGGUUUGAUUCUUUUGGCUUUCAUUUUAUUGCAUGUUUAGCUGCAAAAUUGUCUUUUUCUUUCUCAAAUUAAUAAUAAUAGAAGUGUGUAAAUAUAAGCCAUCCCCAUAUAUACAGAUAUCACAAAGUUCCAGGAUCUUUUUUGGUUAACUACAAUUUUUUGACUGUGACUAUUUGUUAAAAAGUUUCUGUGGUUAUUUUCAGUUGGAAUUAUCUCAGUGCAUAUUCAUGAUUUAUGCUCACUUCAUAUCAAAAUGUUUCCGGCUAGUUCUGGUUCCUACAUCUAGAAGGAUCUCUGUAUGUUUAGCUGCCGAAGAAUGGAGGAGAGCGCAUUACCACCUCAUGCUCAAGCUGACAAUUGUAAGACUGCUGAGUUGAUAUUUUUCCAUUUUCAUUGCAGUCUAGUUUUGUACCCUCUGUUUGAUUAUGCAGUUGAGAACAGUCUUUUGUAUUCCAUCUUCUUUUCUGUGAACAACAAAAAUGAGUUUAAUUGUUUCAAUACAGUUACAGUUUAUAGUACAGCUCACAAUUCAUAAUGAUUUGAAGUGUUGAGCUUAAUUUUAGCAAAUGUCCUCCUGUUUCAGUCAAUACUCCUUUAUAUCAACUGGAAUAGGAACUAUCUACUUUCAACCAAAAAGUGCUUUUGUACAUGGGAUCUGUUGGUUCAUGGGGACACUUUUUGCAAAGGAAAAACAUUUUUGGUCAACCAAAACUCAGACUUCAGCAUUGAAAAUUACACUAAUUAUUUCAAUAAAAUUUUCAAAAUAUUCAUAUAAA